AUGGUGAGCUUUCUGAAACUCGUUUCGACUAACCUCGUUCAGGAUAACUACAACAGCACAUGGAAACAUUCGUUCCCUGGUUCAGCUGCUGACUUUUGUGAUGUAGUUUGCGCGGUCCAGAGCAUUAGCAUGUACAACUCUGAGUACAACAUUGACGCGAUGCAAUUCCAAAACACUACCUUCAAAGUUGAAGUUCCAACAGCGGCUACCACCUCAACUAUCAGUAUUACUCUUCUGGAUGGUAUCUAUUCUUAUGAUGAUAUCAAUCGUAGCAUUCAGACGGCUCUUGUCAAUGCUGGAGCGUAUUUGAUCGAUCCAACUGGGAACAACGUAUUUUAUCUAAAGCUGAGUGAGAACAGUGUUUAUUACGCGUGUCAGAUCGACUUUUCACCUACGCCAACAACGUUGCCAACUGUGAGUGGUACUUGGACACGACCCGCUACUGGUCUCUACUCUGCUAGUGGUACUGGAUUGCCUACUACAGCUCGUGUUCCUCGACUAAUUAUCGACAAUGCUAAGUUUGGAAAGGUGGUUGGUCUGACUGUUGCUACUUACCCAGCUGCCUCAGCUACAGUUGCAAGCGCUCAGCUAUCCAAUAUCAUCCCACAGAUUCAUCCUACCAGCUCAUACAUCGUUCGUUGUGAUUUGAUCAAAAAUGAGUAUGUUGCAUCAGGUGAUAUUGUCAAAACAUUCGAUAGAGGUGAUUCUGAAAUUGGUAAGCUGAUAUCAUACAAACCAAGUCAGUAUGCGUGGAUGAACUGUCAUAACGGUUCUCGCUCUACAAUUACAAUCAGUAUCUAUAACCAAAACGAUAAGAAGGUGAUCUUUCGCGAUACCUCAGUAUCGAUCAUGCUGCUGCUUCGACCAAAAAAAUGA